AUGCCACAAGGCCGAAGGAAAGUUCCUUUCAGUGCGAAGGCAAAAAAGGCACAGCUUCAAUCCAAGAAACAGCAAAAGAAACCGCUAGAAGGAUCUGGUGAAAAUGGAGUGACAUCCUUCCAAGUUAAGGCGAAAGCAGAGUGCAGUCAAAGCAGAGAAGUUCAAAAGUUGAAUGAGCAAUCAAAGAUACGAGGUUGUCGAGCAAAUACUAACCGGUAUGCGAUAGGUUUCCAUCGUGAGACUGAAGCAGAAAUACUCAAACAGAAGGAAGCAGCUUAUAAAGCCAUUAAUCCUGUGCCUGCUUCUGGACUGGAGAUAGCUGUUGAAGAUUUUUUCUUGAAAGAACUUGGUUUCCCCAAGCGACCACUAUGGAAUUUUGAUAUGAGUCUAGAACAGCUAGAAGCUAGUGAACACAAAUACUUUACAGAAUAUAUCUCAGAAUUAGAGAAGAAAUUCAGCUGGAAAGAGCUUAGUUAUUUUGAGUUGAAUCUGGAAACUUGGAGGCAGUUGUGGAGGGUUCUCGAGAUGUCUGAUAUUGUAUUCAUCAUUGUUGACAUACGUUACUGUGCACUCAUGUUUCCUCCAUCAGUGUACAACUAUGUGACAGAGACUCUGCAUAAGGAUAUGAUUCUGGUUUUAAAUAAAAUUGACUUAGCACCAGCUCCACUGGUUGUUGCGUGGAAGCACUACUUCCAACAGAAGUACCCUGCUAUUCAUAUUCUCACUUUCACUUCAUUCCCUGCUCACAACCUGAGAGGCGAUCAAGAGAACAAGGCUGGCUUACAAAUUCGUCAUAGACGAGGGAAGCUUCGAAUGGCAGCUGAAGGAGCAAAGACACUACUUGAGGCUUGCAAGUGUAUCACCAAUAAUAAAGUUGAUUUGAGUUCUUGGCAUAAAAAAAUAUCUGAAGAAAUGGAACUGGAAUUUGAUGACGAAGAUAUUGAAGUGGGUGAGACUGCUGAAAUGAAGAAAGUGGACACAGGGCAUUUUGAGCAUGAAAAAUAUAAAGCUGGAACCUUAACAAUAGGCUGCAUUGGGUACCCAAAUGUGGGGAAGUCUUCCCUUAUAAAUGCAAUUAUGGGAAAGAAGGUUGUGAGUGUUUCUAACACCCCAGGGCACACGAAACAUUUCCAGACCAUCUACCUAACUCCUAAUGUAAGGCUGUGUGACUGUCCAGGUCUUGUGUUUCCUUCCAAAGUCCCAAAGACAUUACAGAUUCUUAUGGGAAGUUUCCCAAUUGCACAACUGAGAGUACCCUUUUCUGCAGUUCAGUAUUUGGCUGAAAGACUAGACCUGCCUAAUUUGUUGAAGCUGCAACAUCCUGAACACGACGAACAGUGGUCUGCCAUGGAUAUCUGUGAUGGCUGGGCUUUUAAGAGUGGUUUCUAUACAGCUCGAGCAGGUCGUCUUGAUUCAUAUCGUGCUGCCAAUAGCCUGUUACGCAUGGCAUUAGAUGGAAAGAUCUGCUUAUGUCUCCAUCCUCCUGGCUAUUCUAGUAAAAGACAUUACUGGGAGAAGCAUGCUGAUGUUCAACUUGUUCAAUGGAUCCAAGCCAAAACAAGUGAACAAGCAGCAGGUGAUGAAGGUAGUGAUUUUACUCCAUCAGAAGAUGAGGAGGAAGAGAAUAGUAGAAAAGCACCAGAAGCAGAUGGUAAUGAAGCUUAUGAAAAAGAUAAAGAGAGCAGUUCUGGACCUGAAGACAGUGAUUCGAAUUCUGGACUUGAUGUGUGUAAUAAGUUUUCAGUGCUGGGUGCUGGAGAAUAA